AUGGCGGACCCAUUCGAGGUCCGCAUGCGAUUCAGCUUGCAGUUGCAGCACUUGAACGCCUCUGUAGUUUCUGCUCAAAAAGCUGCCCAGUAUGCCUUAAAAUACAAAGACAUGGAUGAGGACUUGCACUCGUGCAUCCUUGAACAGGUUGAAAGAAAUAACAUGAAUACACGCGCAAACAUUAUGUACUUUAUUGAGCACUUUCUGGACUUGGCGCAACAGGGGCAUGCCGAAUACGUUCGUAUGAUGCAACGCGAUAUCAUUCGGGUGGUGGAUGCUGUUGCUCCUGAUGACGGAUCUGGCGCCACAAAUGUCAAGGUGGUUCGAAAGGUCUUGCAAGGUCUCCAGACCAAGGGGCAUUUGGAGUCUCAAGCCGUUAGCCAGAUCGAGGACGUUCUAAAAGAACGCGAGAUCAACGAGGCUGAUUUGAGUCCUGCGUCGCCACCCAGCGAUGUUGAAAUGACAGACAAGUCAGAUGGCCAGACCGUACCCAAGUCGGCACAAAAAUCAGCACCACAUCGCUUGGAUAAACGCCAAGUCGAACAGCGCAUAGAGGAAGACAGGGAGCGUCAUAAGCGGCAACGGGAGAGUAUUUGGGCUAUACCCAAGACUGAGGACGCAGAGAUGAACAAAUUGUGGGAGGAAACUAGUGAUUUCGGCGAAGAUGACGACCGGUUGCUCUCUGAGGAAACCGAAGAUUGCGUCAAAGAAAUGGAGAUGCAGCAUUGUCCACAUAGGCGCUCUGCAAAUGGAGACCACCACUAG